AUGGAGACCCUUUUAGUCAUAGUGGUCAGUGAAAGAGGAAGGACAACUCCUUGUUGGAUUUCUGUUCUGCAAAUGUGUGGGAAAUGGAUGAAGGUGAAAAUAAGGAAUGGGAAGUCAAUCAGUGUGUGGGAUGAACACUGGAUUCCAACAAUGCAGGGAAGGACAGUAGAAGUACUACCAGGCAUGGACAGAAAUAUUAAAAUGGUUAAUCUUCAAAAUGUUUAUACCACAUCCCACCCUUUUGGUGGGAUGACAUAUCAUUUUGCACUUAUAGAUGUUUUAUUACGUAAAUAUCCCCAAUCCCAACAAGCAAGAAACUCAAAAUCUAACCCCUCCAAUGACGAUUUCCCAAUUCCAGCCCUAACCGCUCUACGCCGUUGA